GGUGUGCCAGAACGUCCCGGAAGUGUCGGAGAGCGCGCGCACCCACCUGCCCCCUUCGCUCUCUCUCCUCUGUCUCUCUCUUCACCUGUAAACGUGUAAACAAUGCGCAAAACAAGCACACAACACCCAAGACACCGAGGAUUGCGUUUCACCGACACCGAUCUCCCGUCACCUCUCCCCGGACAAGGGCAGUGUUUCUCAAACUGUGGGGCUGACCCGGCUGUCUCUGCUUCCUGGUUCCUUCAGGGUUUUUAAACCUGAAACUGGUUUUGUCCUGGAGCAGUGACGAGUGCUCAGCGUGAGUGAGGAAGAGCCUCAUACACAGAAAGAGCCCCAGACAGGGAAGCAUGAGUCAGCAGAGCAGAUUUCUGACUGAGUAAGCCUUGACUACCUCCACCAUGGACGACGCGGACAGCAACCCGUCCCAUGCGGCAUUUGAGCUCUUCACACAGGCUCAGACCUUUAAAGAGGUCCAACAUCACUUCUCUGAGCUGUGCAAACAUCUGGAGAUAAACCCUAAAGACUACAGGAACUUCUACAGGACACUGAAAGACAAACUCAACUCAUGGAAGGCCAAGGCCAUGUGGAGCAAGUUUGACAAGAGAGCCUCACAUCCAGACUACCAGCAGGGCAAAGUCUGUGCCAAGAAUAAGUGCCUAGUGUUGGGGGCUGGACCAUGUGGUCUGAGGACAGCCAUAGAGCUGUCUCUGCUCGGAGCCCAGGUCGUGGUGAUCGAGAAGAGAGAAACUUUCUCCAGAAACAAUGUGCUCCACCUGUGGCCUUACACAAUCGUAGACCUGCGUAACCUAUGUGCCAAGAAAUUCUAUGGGAAGUUCUGCAGCGGAGCUCUGGACCACAUCAGCAUCCGGCAGCUGCAACUGAUCCUGCUGAAGGUGGCUCUGCUCCUGGGGGUGGAGGUGCACUCUGGGGUGGAGUUCCAGGGUUUGGUGGAGCCCUCUGGAGAAAAUGGCUGGAUGGUCCAGAUAAAUCCUGCGUCUCACCCCGUCUCCUCGUAUCAGUUUGACGUGUUCAUCUCUGCAGCAGGAGGCAGCUAUCGCCCUGAAGGGUUUAAAGGAAAGGAGCUGAGAGGGAAACUGGCCAUUGGAAUCACAGCUAACUUUGUGAACAGGCACACGGCAGCUGAGGCCCAGGUGGCAGAGAUCAGCGGAGUCGCACGCAUCUACAACCAGAAGUUCUUCCAAGACCUGCUCACACAAACUGGUAUUGAUUUGGAGAACAUUGUGUACUACAAAGACGACACGCACUAUUUUGUGAUGACAGCCAAGAAGAAGAGUCUGCUGAAGAAGGGCGUCAUUAAACAGGACUGUGCAGAUGCAGAAGACCUCCUGGCCCGGUCAAACGUGGACUAUGAGGCCCUGUGCCAGUACGCUCACGAUGCCGCAGACUUCUCCACCGGAGGAAAACUGCCCAAUCUGGAAUUCGCUCAGAAUUACAAAGGGAAGAAGGACGUGGCCAUGUUUGACUUCACCUGUAUGCACCGAGCAGAGAAUGCAUCGAUGGUGAAGGAGAGGAGGGGCAAGAAAUUGCUCAUUGCUCUGGUCGGGGACUGUCUUAUGGAACCUUUCUGGCCUCUGGGGACGGGAAUCGCUCGUGGGUUCCUCGCAGCAUUUGACGUGGCCUGGAUGGUGAGGAGCUGGGGCCAGGGCACUCCUCACCUCAAGGUCCUGGCUGAGAGGGAAAGUGUGUAUCAGCUCCUGUCUCAGACCACUCCAGAAAACACCAGUAAAAACUACGCCAACUACAGCAUCAACCCGAAAACACGGUACCAGAGUGUCAACCUGUCCUCCAUCCAGGCUCACCAGGUUCAGCAUCUCUAUGACACAGACAAAGGCGGCUCUCUGAACAAUAAAGUGAAAAACAAACUCAAUCCUAUGAGACAAGAUUCUACGAGUGGUUUUGAGGAGCUGCUGAGGUGGUGUCAGAAGCACACUGCCGGCUAUAAAAACGUUCAUGUCACAGACCUCACUGAGUCCUGGAGGUCUGGUCUGGCUCUGUGCGCACUCAUCCAUCAUUUUAGACCCAAGCUCAUAGACAUGUCCAGCCUGAGUGAGUCAGACCCUGUGUUGAACCACCAUCUGGCCUUCAGCCUGUUGGAGAAGGAGCUGGGUGUCCCUCGGGUCAUGUCUCCAGAAGACUUCACCAGUGGAGCCCAGGUCGACAGACUGUCCAUGGUCCUGUAUCUGACCCAGGUGCAGAAGGCCUUCACAGCGCCUCCUAAAGUUGCGGAUCCUGUGGGCUUACAUCCCUCUCCUAAGCUCCUCACUCUGUCCCAGACGCAGUCAGCGGUUUUCUUCCUGAACAAACUGAAACACAACUCACUACAACGAAGAAAGGAAAAGUUGGCGUCUCAGAAAAAUUCCACUCUGAGAGAUAAAACAAUGGGGGAUGAGGUCAAAGUGGUGAGUGGACCUCCAGAGCCCCUGCCUGACCCUGAGCCUUCCCCAGCCUCACCCCCUCUCCUGGCUUCUGUCCCCGAGUCUGUCCCUGCCUCUGUCCCUGCCUCUGUCCCUGCCUCUGUCCCUGCCUCUGUCCCUGCCUCUCCUCCUGGAUCUCCCAUUGAUCCUGGCUCCCCUGUGGACUCUGGCUCUCUAGCGCCCUCUGGAGAGUGUUACUUCUGUGGACAGAGGGUGUAUGUUCUGGAGAGGAUCAGUGCAGAAGGGCUGUUCUUUCAUCGCAGCUGCUUUAAGUGUCAUCCAUGUGGGAUCACUCUGAGGCUGGGAGGGUACACCUACGACCAGGCCACAGGGAGGUUUUUCUGUGAGCUGCACUCUGAAGACCUGGUGACCCCUGCUCUAACCUCAUGUCAGGUUCUGGACGAUCACAAAGACCCAAAAGAGGAAAACCAUCUCUCCAGCGACUACACUCCCUCUCCUUCAGACGAGGAGUACGAGCACACACUGGACUCUGGCCCCUCGCGCCGAUCUCUCAAAGCUCCAGAAAUCCUCAAAACUGCAGAUUCAAACGAACCACAAUCAACACUUAGAAACCUCUCCCUCAAAAUCAACACAACCGGACCUGCUGAAGAGGAGACUACUUACCCCGUCCCAAAACCACGCUUAUCUAAACAGAGCCCCCAAAAGCCAAUAGCAAAACCUAGGACAGUUCACCUUGGUAGUAGUAAUAGUAACCCAUCUUCACCUACAAAAGAUGCUAAACAAUCUAUGAAAAAACUCCAGUUGUCCGAUGAGGAGAAGAGCCAGCUGGUUAACUUACAAAACUUUUUUAGUGCCGAUUCAGAUUCAGAAACUCCAUGCGGAUCAUCAUCUUGUUCGUCGUCAUCGGCAACGGUAACGAAAUCGCAAGGCACGGACGGACAAGAGGAGGAGGGGUACUGGAGCGGGAGUACGGCCAGUAACUUUAGAGAGAAGAGAAACAGACGUUGCUUUAAAAGGAAAGAGAUCCCAGGAGGACAGGCCAAAUCCAGAUCCAAGUUUUCGCCGUGGAAUUUGUCAUCUCCAAGGAUCAGUCGAGACGGGAAGCUCAGUGUCCUCAGUCAUCCAGGCACUGUGGAAACCACAUUCAGACACGCCCACUGCGCCUCCGAGAAUGACGCUGAUGACGAUGAUGAAGACGAAGACGAGAUGUUUCAGCGUGACGACCUCGACCUCUUCAAUGAGAAGUUCCAGUGCUUGCCCUCAGACCCUGUGGAGGCGCAGAAGUUGGAGCUGAUGAAGAUGAGGACUCUGGAGCGAAGAGCCAAAAUGAGCGAACUGCAGCGAUUCAGGAAGGCCCAGUCAAUCCAGAGGAGGCUGGAGGAGAUCGAGGUCACGUUUAAAGAUCUGGAAGAAAAAGGUGUUCAGCUCGAGAGGAAUCUGCGUCAGGAAGAUGACAGUUCUUCGGACAUGAUUGAGCACUGGAUCCAGCUGGUGCAUGAGAAGAACGCGCUGGUGUCAGAGGAGUCUGAACUCAUGGUGGCCUCUCGUCAGCUGGAGCUGGAGGACAAACAGAGCAUGUUAGAGCUGGAGCUGCGUAAAUACAUGGAGAUCACAGACAAAACUCCGGAGCAGGCAGAGGAGGAGGAGCGUAUUCUGCAGCAGAUGUUGGAGGUGGUGGACAUGAGGGACUCUCUGGUGUCUUUCCUGGAGGAGAAGAGACUGAAGGAGCUUAGUGAAGAACAAGAGGCCUUCACCAUCAAGGAGGCCAAACGUCACUCCAAAAUCAGUGCUCAAGUCAAUUGGGAAUAACACAAACAGAACUAUUCACAUGUUUCCAUUAAAGUUCUUUGGACACUUGCUAUUUAUGUAUCCCAAUGGAUUCCAAACUUCUAAUACUAAAUAUACUAUAAAAUAUCUGUAUUUCCGAGUACCACCAGGACUAGACCAAGACUAGCACAACCUAAAAUUGGCUAAAAUCUCUCAAGCUCCAAACAUGUUUACGGGACUGUUAUUGUGCAAUUAUAAUAAGAUCAGACUGAAAACACCACUGGGAACAGCUCAUUUAGAUGAUUCUAAUAACAGAACAGAACAAAUCAUCUGGGACUAAGAACUACACACAUCUCAACAGGCUUCUGAGCUGUAUUUGAAAGCUCCUGUUCAUGCCAAAGAUGAAACUGAAUGUGAAUACUACACAUGGGAUCACAGACAAGACAAGACAAUUAUAAUGUUUAAAUUCACCCUCUAGAUGGUGACAAAAACUUGCUUGAGAAGAUUACACUGGACAAUUACUUUUUUGUAUUGUGGUUUGUAUAAGUGGCUACAGCAGAACUAAAUCUCCAGCUUUAUACAAAAAAAAACAUAGACUACUUUGGGGUUUCAGUCAUCUCCUUGCCAAAAAAACAACUUUGAAUUCAGCCUCUAGGGGGUGACACAAACCUGGAGAACAUUACACACUGGAUAAGAGCCGUUUUCCAUUUUGGAAAUAGCUUCAGCAGGACCAACAUAUCUUCAGCUUUGCAAUGGAAUACAAGGGACUACAUUGGGAUUGGAGUUUGAAUCCAUCCUCCAGAGGGCGCUACAAAGCUGGAGAAAAUUGCACAUUGGGACAUUUUCUUUUGUGGAUGUGUCUCCAGCUUUACAAUCGAAAAUUGCUGUAGUCAACUUUCUAUUUGACUAUUAUGGGAUUGCAGUGUUCUGUCCAGACUUGAAAAUAUAAACAGGUAAUUUAAUUUAUCCUCCAGGGGUGACAAAAACUUGAAAAAUUUGACACUGGACAAUAGCCAUUUUCUAUAUUGGACACAACAGCAGAACCAACAAGUCUGCAGCUUUAUAAUGAAGAACUGUGACUGCUUUGAUAUUACAGUCUUCAGUCAGGAUUUAAACAUGAAAACUAGUUUGAAUCCAUCCUCUACGAGGCGCUAACAACCUGAAGAACAUUAUACUUUGGAAAAUAGCCUUUUUCUAUUGUGGUAGCUACAACAGAGCCACUAUGUUUCCAGUUUUACAAUGGAAAACAUGGGACUACUAUGGGAUUUUCUUGUCUUCUUGUGGAAAAAAAAGUUUGAAUCCAGCCUCUAGGGGGCUACAAACUUGAAGAAAUCUACACACAAUGGGGAAUAGCCUUUUUCUAUUGUAUUGUAUUGUAUUGUACAGCAGAGCCAAUAUAUCUGCAGCUUUAUAAUAGAAAAUAUGGACUAUUAUGGGAUUGCGAUCUCCAGUCCAAACUUGAAAACAAAAAUAAAUUGACUGUAGGGGGCGCAACAACCUGAGAAAAGCUUGAUAAAUGCAGAUUUGCCUUUUGCCUGUUGAAAAGAUGGAAUGUUUUUAAGAUAUAAACUUGGAAAAUAGAUGGAUUGCUUCACUGUGGUCAGUAACUUAAGUCAAAACAUUUCAUUUGAGCCUGAUGUGGGUUCAGUUUGCUAUUGUUUACUUGUGCCAUUGCGCUAUUCAAAUGCACUGUUGCCCGCAAAUCCAGAAAAUUUAUGGUGGUCGCUCCAGAUCAAAUUUAAUCCCAGCAAAUAGGGAAAAGAGAUUAUAUUUUUGCUUGUGUAUCAUAAAAAUAUAAAGUUGUAAAGUAAUUUCCUAAAAGUAAAGUACUUAAAGUAAUAUGAAAAUUAGGACUGCACAAUAUUGUAAAUUUUUACAACUUGCUAUAUAGCUGUUAAAGUACUGUGAUUAUCAAUAUUAUUGUAGUAUUUUAAUGUAUGUAAGAAAAAUCAUUUAUAAAAUUCAGUCUUAUUUACAGCUUUCAUAACAAAUGUGUUGCAAUACCAAGAAUUUUGCAAUAUAUUGUGUAGCCCUAAUGAAAAUACUACAUUGUCUUUAAAGUAUUGGGAUUGUAGACAUUUGCAAAUGUGGCAUACCAUGGGUCUUAAACUUAUACCAUUAUGUAUUUUCAAAUAUUUGGACUUCUGAGUACCACCAGUAAUAGACAAAACAGUAGUGCAAACUAAAACUGCCUGAAAACUGGAUUAACUUGUAAACCAAGCCUGGAUCCAGGACCAGUGUAAGUAAUAUUGUGCAGUUAUAUAGGAAUGGAUUGAAAGCACCACUGGGAACAAAACAUUUGAAUUUUCGAUGUUCGCAAUAGCAUUUUAUCCUAGUUCUCAUUCAUGUUUACUUGUUGGGAUGGUUCAUCAAUGACACCAUAGACUCCUAAUGUGGGAAUUACUGUUUAGAUUUCAUAUGUUUAAAAGUUAUAUUGAGACAUUUGUUCUAGAAAUUGAAGAGGGAAUUAUUUAAACAGAUGUGUUAUUAUAAAAGAUAUUAUUAAAGAUCCUAUAUUAUGCAUUA